GAAAAGGGCAGGGCAGGAAAACUUGGUGAACAUGGCGGAGAACAGCGGGAGAUUGUAGCAGCUGCAGUCAAACGGUCUUCAGUUCAGGGUCUGAGAGUUUCUUCAGGAAGAGAUGGAUCUUCGUCGCAGACUCAGACAGCUGGGCAUCAACUGGGAACCUCGGGUCCAUUUACACAGAACAGACCUUCCACACCAAAAUAUCUGCAAAGAGGUUCAUGCACAUGAACAGCAUCCUGCACAGAUUAAAGAGGAAGAGGAAGAACCAGAACCUCCACAGAUUAAAGGCGAAGAGCAGGAACCAGAACCAUCAUACAUUAAAGAUGAAGAGGAGGAACCAGAACCUCCACACAUUAAAGAUGAAGAGGAGGAACUAGAACCUCCACAGAUUAAAAGUGAAGAGGAGGAACCUGAACCUGCACACAUUAAAGAUGAGGAGGAACCAGAACCUCCACACAUUAAAGAUGAGGAGGAACCAGAACCUCCACACAUUAAAGAUGAAGAGGAGGAACCAGAACCUCCACACAUUAAAAGUGAAGAGGAGGAACCCGAUCCUCCACACAUUAAAGCUGAACAGGAGGAACCUGAACUUGCACACAUUAAAGAUGAAGAGGAGGAACCCGAACCUCCACACAUUAAAGAUGAAGAGGAGGAUCUCUCCAUCAUGGAACCAGAACCAAACAAUGAUCAGCUCCUCUCUGAAAACAGAAGCCUCAGCAGAGAUGCAGACAGCUCCACUUCAGAAACUCAGAGGAGCACCAACAGAAGCACAUAA